UUUUCCAAUGAACAGCUUCAAAGAGGCGAACUGGAAGAAGACCCGCAAUUUGUGAACUUCAAGGAAUUUCUCAAUCACAUGCUAAAAAUUUCCCAAGUUUUGUCCACCGUCAAUGUCAGCGACUCCAUUGACUGUGCCUUCCAGUGCCUUGCUAACGUGGCGUGCUUGUCAUUCAAUUUUGCCAUUUUGCCGAACAGCAGAUCCACACUUCACGUUUGCCAUUUGCUAUCUACAGACAAGUACAACCACUCCAGAGCCUUCGUGCCGAGUGAUCAGUUUCACCACUUCACUAUUGCGGUAGGAUAAAUGAAGCUAUUUUACCGGCCCCAGUUGUUCAAAAGUUGGAUAACGCUAUCCACUGGAUAACGCAAUUGGUUUCUGUAAUACUUAUCCGCUGGAUAGUGAUUUAUCCGGUGGAUAACUCUCUCCAACGUUUGAACAACCGGGGCCUGGUUAAUAAAUUAUCUCCAACACACGAAAGUGAGAUAAAACUAAAAUAGUUCGUACCGCCCAGAAACACCUGGAAUUAACUACACGACCUUUCUGUUCCGACUCAUUUUUCCCGUUCGAUAAAUCUUUUUGAUGAAAAGUACAAGGAGAAGUUUGGCAGAUAAAACGACACUCACAUAUGAAACCUACACUCAUUAUCGUCAGCUAACAGACUUUUUCUUUCGAGUGUUAAUUAAAGUCGUUAUAAAUGCGCAGCUUAUGACAACCUACUUUUGCAUUGAUAUAGUUGUUCUUUGCACCUCAGAGCCCAUGUGACAGUUCUCCUUGCCAGGAUGGUAGAACGUGUCGCCCACUGUAUGAUAAAAAUGACUUCGUAUGUGAAGGUAAUGACUUGGACGUUAUAUUUUGUCAUCAUCCGAUCGACCUUUUGCUUGCUCAAACCAUAGUUAAUUGAGUGUAAUGGUUAUGAAACCCGUCAGACUCCUUUGUUAUAUGUUUUUGUGGACCUGAAAGUGCACAACUUUCAAAAGAAUUCCUAUCAUUUUGAUACAUAACUGGUUAUUUUUGCAACGUAAUUAAAUAAGGCAUUGUUAAACGGUUGUCUUUUGUUUCCUAACACGUGAAAGUCCCACGAAGGUUGUAUUUGAUGUCGUGACAACAAAAAAUCAUUGAUGUUUGCUGCUUUUCAUAACCAGUCUCCUCUAAUAACUAUGCUCGAACAUAGUCGAAUCAGGAGAUCCUCAAAAUGUAAAAACGCAAUGCGAAUGGCUCAGAAAUCUCUCUUCCAUUAAAAAAACGGCAUUACUAACUAUAAAUAGGUCAUUCUCCUACACCAAGAAAUGCAUAGUUUUAGGAACUUUACUCAAGGGGGCUACUCAACAACCUUUCAUAAGGCGGGUUUAUGGGCAGGCUACGCUCCGAUUUCCAAAACCCCUUACCCUUUUACAUACUUUCGGAAUUCUCACCGAUCAACACGCUAGUCACAUGGAAAAAGAGUUCACGUGACCAGCGCUCAGGUCCCUAUAGAAAAAGGACAAAACGUAACAGAUUUCGGAUGAUUUUUAUAUCCGAUGUUUAAAUUAGAUUUGUCCCGAACAGACUGCGUUCCUUUUCCAAAACUUUAGAAUAAAAUAAAUGACAUUGGAAUGAAAUAAAUGAACUAUAAUUCGGGAUAACAUAUAAGGUGGGUCUGUGACAGAUUUUCUUUACCUUUUCAUAUACUUUAACUCGUGAGAGUCCGUACCCUUUUAUAUACCUGAAACCUGAAAAGGGUACUCAUUUUGACCGGAGCCUCCUAGUAAAGGACACCAUAGGAAGGACCCCCGGACCUCUACGCCAUCAUGUUGGUCAAGCCUGGUAUUCACUAUAGCGCAUAAGCAUAAGCAUAAGCACAAGAAAAACGGACAAGUUCAUUCUUCUUGUGCUUAUGCUUAUGCUUAUGUCGUAGCUUUGACUAGUGAAAACGGGGUCGACAUAAGCACAGAGCACAAGCACAAGGCCAUGGACCAAUCACAGGCCACUUUGAGCCAGAUCUCAUGCGAACAUAUCAAAGGCAACAAGGCGGACGAAGCGUCCGCCAUCUUGUUUAUCACCGAGUUGAGGAAAGCUCAGUGGUAUCAAGAAUUGAGUCAACUAUGCCAUUCUGCGCAUGCGUAUGUGCUUAUGCUUAUACUUAUGCGCUAGUGAAAACCAGGCUUUAACAAAACAACGAAAGAUAUAAGGCCAAUCGGCUGACGAGGGCUGGUUCAAUGGGGUUGAUUACCUGAAUCUGACGACUUCAUAAAGCUUUAAAAUGUUUUCCUAGUCUUUCCGUUUUAAUUAUCAUUUUUACCCACAAAUCAGUAAAAAAGAAAGAAACAUUUAUAUGCUGAGCAUGUACAAUGCAGAAUAUUUUCUCUACGAGUGUGACUCUAUCUCAUUAUUGCGAUCCAAAAAUUUCAUCUGUACUGUAUAAAUAGAUUUGUUUUUAACAACUUUAAGUGUCCCUUAUCUUGAAGUGAGGGUUUUGCAGACUAAGUGCAACUUACGUCUUUAAAAGUUUCUCAGGCUAGGUACUUCAUAUGAAAAGGGUCUGAGGUAUAGCUUAUAAGAGAUUUGUGUCUAGGUCUGAGAUACAGCAUGGAACGUUUCUUUAUCCCUGGUAAACAGUAAUAACUAUCUCAAGCUAUUACGAAAGCUGACUAUUUAAACGCCAGCUUGGAGUUUUAUGCGCCGUUGUCCUUUUUCGUUCCAGUUUCAGGGUGGUUCAAGAUUAACACAGAGGUAGUGUGCUUUGGAGCCAAGAACGAUUCCUACGGCAACUUCAGUAUUCAUAAGGCGGGAAAGAUUUCUGCUUUUAAACUAGUUCAUCGCUCAGGCUCCGUGUCUUGUUUGUCCAAAAAAGGAACAAAUUGGGGAUGCAACUACAGGGACCAAAUCGGUCGAAUUUGUACACACAUCACCAAUACCAAGAGAGUCACUCUUGCCAAUUUUUCUACGACGAACAAACAAGGAUGUUACGAUCUGCCUGGGUUUCAUCCUGAUUCCUCUGAGAUCGAUUUGAGGCUUUCAUCCCCAGUCGGUGUUCUUGCUGGACAGGAGUUAAGGAUCUGGUACGGCGAAGAUUUAAAUAAUAUAGAAGAGGACGACAACCAUGGCAAGUCAUGCGUCGAUGUUUACGGCUUUUACUAG